AUGAGCACCCGGUUGAAAACAAAAUUGGAACCAAAUGAUAUAAUCAAAAGAUCGAAAACGGAUUAUAAUUGGAAAGUUAUCGUACAGCUCGGUGUCGGAGGAUUCGGGACAGUGAACAAAGUGAUUCAAGUGAAUGAAGCUGGUGUUCCGAUUAACAACAAAGAAUACGCAAUGAAGACUGAGAUGAAAUGUGUCAAAAGACAAGCGUCUCGUCUGAAAAUCGAACGGAAUGUUAUGGCUUCGUUCUUGAAAUGUGAUACUGCAUUCAAAGAACAUUUCCCUGAACUCAUCGACCUAGGUCAGACUCAUGAAUUGAAGUGGAUAGUGAUGACGUUGGUUGGGGCUUCAUUGGAAAAGCUGAAACAGAAAAAGUUUUCGAAAUCAACUGCUCUUCAAUGUGGCCUGCAAACAAUGAAAGCGAUCCAUGACUUCCAUCUUCUUGGAUUCCUUCAUCGAGAUAUCAAACCAGGCAACUAUUGCGUCGGAGCAGGUGCCAAACAAGAACUGAUUUACAUGCUUGAUUUUGGACUCGCUAGAAAAUAUCGUCAACAAAAUGGACAAGUGAGACCUCCUCGCAAUAAGACCAAAAUGGUUGGAACUCCGAGAUACUGUCCACGAGCAUCGCAUCGAAUGGAGGAAUUGGCGAGAAAAGAUGAUUAUGAGAGUUGGUAUUUUAUGCUUCUUGACUUUGUUGAUGGUGAUAGAGGAGUGCCAUGGAAAGGUAAACCAAGAGAGACAGCUUAUGCUAUGAAACGGAGGAUAUUCGAGGAGCCAAAAUGGAUAUCUACUGUAUCAUUGGUUCCAUCGGAAUUCGUUAUCAUGGCAGAGUAUAUUAACAGUUUGUUUUUCAACUCGGAGGUCGAAUUUGGUGUUUUCCGUGAAGCGAUUACUGAUUAUGCUCGUAGUUCCAGUAUAACAUUGAAAGAACCAUUAGAUUGGACAUGUGAAGUGAAGAGUUCGGAUAUGCCUGCAUCCAAUAGUGCCCCAAUGCCUUCGUCUAGUACUCCGUCCCCUUCUGUCAGUUGUAUUCCGCCCUCAACUGCUCCAAGUACUAUGCCAACUUCAAAAAUGGGUGACGCUGAAGACAACAAGUCGAUAUUCUCGGAGAAAGCAGAAGAGAGUUCAAUCGAUCGGAGUAAAACUGGAAAUCGCAGUCAUAAUGCGAGAAACAAAAGACCGUCUAGAAGAUAA